GGAGGGGCAGAGAGAGAGGGAGACACAGAAUCCGAAACAGGCUCCAGGCUCUGAGCUGUCAGCAUAGGGCCCGACGCGGGGUUUGAACUCACGGACUGCGAGAUCAUGACCUGAGCUGAAGUCGGACGCUUAACCGACUGAGCCACCCAGGCGCCCCCAGCAACUGGAUUUUUAACAUUUCUUAAAUCUUAGUAAUCUUUUCCCCUGAGAUCAUGUAGGAAGAUAAGACACAGGUGGAGAUGAUCAUCCAGUGUUCCUCAGUCUAUUGUGUCCCUUUUUAAAAGUCCCUUUCUUCAAAACCAAGUGUUUCCCAUUCUUGUUGCAUUUGUAAUAUUCUUUACGCCAGCUCCUUACCUUGUCUAAGGGUUAAAAAAAUAAUAAGGGAAACGCCAUGAUGAUGAGAAAAAAAAAAAAGUUGAGCGUGGGAGAACUAGAGACAGAUUCCAAGGGACCUGGCUCUCACCCACACCUGGCUUCCUACAGUGACUUCAGGCCUGGCAAGGGACACAGGCACCCGCACCGUGUAAAUGGAACCCUGAAAGAAACCCCAUAGCGCUGACCACACUGAGCGCUUUGCUUUUGUCUGCUCAAACCCUCUCUGUUGGAAAAGGCAAGGCUCUAGGGCAUAGCCUGGUGGGCGAGACAGACCCAGAAGCACUUUUGUAACCCUCUCUGGUGUGCACUUAGUAUGCCAAAGGAGCCCAAAGGGAGGGGAAGCUUAGAGGCUGGGGCAGGGGAGGAAGGGAUAGAUCAGGUGAAGAGGAUGGUGAGAGUGACCGAGGAUGUAUGAACCGAGGCCUGCAGGGGAAGCGGUUUGAUAAAUAUCUGGAAGAAAGCCUUGCCAGUGAGUAAAAUGGGAAGUAGAGGCGGGGGUUGGGGUGGAGUGAAGUUGGGACGUGAGAGGCACUGUGCACCUCUGUAAGGAAUUUGGACCCUAGAGGUGAUCAGGAAGCAUCAAAGGAGCCAUUUUAAGCAGAGGCAUGUUGCCGUCAGAUGUGGAUGGAGGCAGAGUUUAACAGGUGACUUCUGAAUGAGCAUCUGCUCCCAUGUAGCUUAUUUCAAAAAUAGCUUCAUUGAGAUCUAACUUGCAUACUGUACAGUUCAUCCACUUGUGCCUUGUUCAGUGGCUUUCAGCAUAUUUAGGGUUGUGUAAUUAUCACCAUGAUCUAAUUUUUGAACAUGUCCUUCCCGCCCCAAAGAGACCUUGUGCCCCUGUGCUGUUACUCCCCACUUCCAAGCCCAGCCCUCGGCAGUCAACCACUCUUCUUUGUAAUUUCUCCUUUUUCUUUAGCGUUGAAGGGAAUGUCUUCUGUGAGUGUAUUAUUAACUUUAAGGGGUCUCUUUGCCAGAUUACAGACUCUUGCUCUUGGCUUCCUAGGUAUUGCUCAGCCUGUUCCUAUCAGCAGUGAUAUCUGUUAUCUCACAUAAUUUUCAGGCUACAGGUCGGAUGGACCCCAAGGGUAGUGUGUUCACCUGCUCACGGGGACAUCGGAGACCUGUGUUCUUCCUGUCGCUCCUCCAUGGGUCGUGCUGCCAGUAGCUUCACCCAAGGGCUGGUUUCUUCAUGGUUGUCAGGCAGACGUAGGAUGGCAUCCACUGGCUGUGGGGCCCUCUGCUUCCUUGUUCAGGGCGGGCAUGUAGGAGGAGUCCUUUCCUGCAGUCUGAUUGGGUGAACUUAGCUCCUGUUGCCCACCCGGAACCAAUGAUUGGCUUAGAGUUAAUUAGUCUGCCCUCUGGAGCUGGGGAGUGGGCUUGAUGGGGGAUGGGUGGGUACCUGUGGCCAAUAGUUGGCUCUGCGAGGGGAGGAGGAAGGGAGCCGCCUCAGCUGGUUAGUACCGUGUUUGAAGCUGCCCCUAGCUUUAUGUCUGUGAAAAGCGUCCUCAAUUCAGAUCUCACCACUUCGGGAGGUCGUGCAGAUUUGGUCAGGCGGUGCACUGGAGUUGACCUUUGGACAGUGUCAUAGUGUGGGCGAUAGUGGGAAUGGUGGUAACAUUAACUUAUGUGGGAAAUAAAUGAUUUAAGCCUCAUUAGAAAAACCUGUUUGCUUUAGGAUAGCAAUGUUUAAAUACAUGACUAGUAGUAAAUAGUAGGGAAAUCAUUCUUAUCUGGUUAUUAGGUUAGCCCCUUGGAAUCUCUCCUUGGGGGAAAAAAUGAAAUCCUGUCCUGAAUGUGUCAGUAUUUGAGUUACUCUGUGAACUUGAAAUUAACAAAAAUUGACUUUGUUUCAAGUAUAAUUCACGCUUCACUAAGCCCAGUAGACAUUCUGCCAGUUACUUGCACUUUAUUAAAUUUUGCUUUAGAUGUAAUAAAAAAAAUUUAAGGUAGGCCUCUGCUUUGCAAGUAACUUAUUUGAUUAUGAGCUGUAUUUUCAAGUCUGUUUUGGAGUGAGGUUUGCCCUCACGUAAGUAAUGAGCGUUUGCUGGCGCAGCUCUUUAAUGGUGAGAACGGAUGUUGAAGAAAGCAAACACCAUAUGCCCUUUGUUUCCCGUGCAUGUCCCCUCCUGGAGGCUGGGUGGAGUGUUUCAGCUGUCUCGAAUAAUCUCCAUUUUGCUGUUACUGCAGACUUUGCGGCUCUCCCACUCUCUUCUCUCCGAUGUUACAACUUCUUCCUCUUCCUCCUCCUCAGUCAUAAAGGUUCCAUGCUCUGAAGCGCCAGAGAUUGGGUUAAUUUUGAAAAAUGAGUUUCCCUUGAUUUGUGACAGAAAUUAGUGCAGAGAAUUAAAAAAAGAAAAAAAAAACCACCACCCAGCGUGAAUGUGUAGUGGGAGGGGCAGGCGGGUUGGGUACGGGACAGGAUGCUUAGAAUAAUUCUGCUGCCAAGUGAAUCAGAGAGACUCGCAGUUCUCGGCGAGCACGGAGCAUACUCCUGCCCAGAGUUCAGACGCAGUCAGCCCGAAAUCACCACUUGAUGCUCCACAGAAUGGAGCUUUCUGCAGCCAAAGCCCCGGGUGCUGCAGACGCGUCUGAGACUGAAAUAAAGAAAGAGAUGAAGAAAGACCCUCUCUCCAGCAAAGCUCCAGAAAAACCCAUGCACGAAGUAUCCGGUGGAAAUGUUUUGCUGUCUUCCGAAACAAUUCUAAGAACCAAUAAGAGAGGCGAGCGACGGAGGCGCCGCUGCCAGGUGGCAUUCAGCUACCUGCCCCAGAACGAUGACGAGCUCGAGCUGAAAGUGGGCGACAUCAUAGAGGUAGUAGGAGAGGUAGAAGAAGGAUGGUGGGAAGGCGUUCUCAAUGGAAAGACUGGAAUGUUUCCUUCCAACUUCAUCAAGGAGCUGUCGGGGGAAUCGGAUGACCUGGGCAUUUCCCAGGACGAGCAGCUCUCCAAGUCAAGUUUAAGGGAAACCACAGGCUCCGAGAGUGAUGGGGGUGACUCGAGCAGUACCAAAUCCGAAGGUGCCAACGGGACAGUCGCAACCGCAGCAAUCCAGCCGAAGAAAGUUAAGGGAGUGGGCUUUGGAGAUAUAUUCAAAGACAAACCAAUAAAACUAAGACCAAGGUCGAUUGAAGUAGAGAAUGACUUUCUACCGGUGGAGAAGACAAUUGGAAAGAAGUUACCUCCAACGACGGCAACUCCAGACUCGUCAAAACCAGAAAUGGACGGCAGGACAAAGACCAAGGAUUACUGCAAAGUAAUAUUUCCAUAUGAGGCCCAGAAUGACGAUGAAUUGACAAUCAAAGAAGGAGAUAUAGUCACUCUCAUCAAUAAGGACUGCAUCGACGUGGGCUGGUGGGAAGGAGAGCUCAACGGCAGACGAGGAGUGUUCCCCGAUAACUUCGUGAAGUUACUUCCACCUGACUUUGAAAAGGAGGGGAAUAGACCCAAGAAGCCACCUCCUCCAUCCGCUCCUGUCAUCAAGCAAGGGGCAGGUACCACUGAAAGAAAACAUGAAAUUAAAAAAAUACCUCCUGAAAGACCAGAAACACUUCCAAACAGAACCGAAGAAAAAGAAAGACCAGAGAGAGAGCCAAAACUGGAUUUACAGAAGCCUUCCGUUCCUGCCAUCCCGCCAAAAAAGCCCCGGCCACCCAAGACCAAUUCUCUCAGCAGACCGGGUGCGCUGCCCCCCAGGAGGCCUGAACGACCAGUGGGUCCCCUGACCCACAGCAGGGGUGACGGUCCAAAGAUUGACUUGGUGGGCAGUUCGAUAUCCGGCAUCCUGGACAAGGAUCUCUCGGACCGCAGCAAUGACAUUGACCUAGAAGGUUUUGACUCUGUGGUAUCAUCUACUGAGAAACUCAGUCACCCAACCACAAGCAGACCAAAAGCUACGGGGAGGCGGCCUCCGUCUCAAUCCCUCACAUCCUCUUCCCUUUCAAGCCCUGAUAUCUUUGACUCCCCAAGUCCCGAAGAAGAUAAAGAGGAACACGUUUCACUUGCACACAGAGGAGUGGAAGCAUCAAAGAAAACUUCAAAGACUGUUACCAUAUCCCAAGUGUCAGACAACAAAGCGUCCCUGCCGCCCAAGCCAGGGACCAUGGCUGCAGGUGGUGGUGGCGGGCCAGCCUCUCUGUCCUCGGCAACAUCCUCCCCCCUGUCAUCCUCUUUGGGAACAGCCGGACACAGAGCCAACUCCCCGUCUCUGUUUGGCUCGGAAGGAAAACCAAAGACGGAGCCUGCGGCCAGCAGCCAGGCGGCCGUGGAGGAGCUAAGGACGCAGGUCCGCGAGCUGAGGAGCAUCAUCGAGACUAUGAAGGACCAGCAGAAACGAGAGAUUAAGCAGUUACUGUCAGAGUUGGAUGAAGAGAAGAAAAUCCGGCUUCGGUUGCAGAUGGAAGUUAAUGACAUAAAGAAAGCUCUUCAAUCAAAAUGAAUACUUGAUAAAUGAAAUGUCACAUUAUUCAUCCUGAGUCCGAGACUCAAAUUUUCCGCCCCAGCCAAAAUAACCUUGUGCCAAAAGAUUAAAGGUUUGCCUCAACAUGUCCCUGUUUGCAAGAUUAGCACAAAAGUCUUGAUAGCACAACACAAAUUCCAUCCAAGAGGAGACUCUUCCCCAUGGUAUAAUCCUGGGCAUGGCACUGGUUGUGACUUAGAGCAAAUUGUGCUAAAGGCUUUUUUUACUCUGAGAUCUCAUGCGAAACGAAAACUCAGGCAGUUUAGUCCAUAGUGGUACUAUUUUGAUGAUAUUUUCCAUUAAUAAAAUGUAAUUUCAGAUUAUUCGUUUACAAGCUUUAUAAUUUUAUGAUUUUUUUAAUCGUGUUUUGUCACAGAUUCCCCCAGUGUUUGUAUUCCACAUCGUCCAGAGCAAGCGUUCCAUUCUUUUGCUUUGGGCAGAAAGCUGCCUCGCUUUGUGUCCCCUCUAGAUUCUAU